CUUGUAUGUAAACAUUACCUUCUCGGAAGACGUCGGAUAAAAGUUAAAAAACCUUCCUUCAACCCGUCAUAUCUUUGGUACCGAUUGAUGAAUGAUUUAAAGACAUUCCAGCACAAAAUAGAAAGACAUGUCACACUCUUUUGAUGUUGUUGAUACCAGUGUGGAUACUGAUGAGUAUGAAUCAGCUAUGGAUUCAACACCAAUUCAGUCAUUUUCAACAACGGAAGGCAUGAUCUCAGUGACAGAGCCUGCACCCUCUUCUGAUAUUGUUAAGGAAAGAUGGACAAACUUGCUUGCAUACUGGCUUCUUGGACUGACAAACAACUUCGCUUAUGUCGUUAUGUUGUCAGCUGCCCAUGAUAUCCUUUCUCAGGAUUUCAGUAAGGAUGCAGUAGGUCUCCCAGAAAAUGCAACCAACAUUAGCAACCCUCGAGACUGUAAUCGCAUGAGCACAGGCGCUAUACUACUGGCAGACAUUAUACCCUCUCUGAUAAUGAAAGUUUUUGCACCUUUUAUGUGGUCUCAUAUUCAUUUCCGUGUCGGGACAGUGGUUAUGUUAUGUGUCUUGUCCUUCGUUCUUGUUGGAGAAGCUGUGAGUGAGAACAUGGCCAUAAUAGGAGUUGUGUGUGCUUCAGCCUCUUCAGGUCUUGGAGAAGUUACUUUCCUUGCUUACACAGCCAGGUUUCAUAGGAAUGUGGUGUCAACUUGGUCAUCCGGUACAGGAGCUGCAGGACUCUUUGGUGCAUUGAGUUAUGCAGGGUUCACCUCAGCUGGACUCACUCCAAGGACAACAGUGCUUCUUAUGCUGAUCAUACCAGUCGUUAUGAGCCUAAGUUUCUGGUUGUUGCUUAAGCAUCCAAACCAAGCAGGACUCUGUGGAUCACGUCAACACUACAAAAUCAUCAGGCAAGAGGAAGAUGAUGAAAGCAUUGAGGCUAAGGACUUUGAGGUUUCCCUCAGGUUUUCAGAAAAAAUGGAGCUCCUGCCAUCCCUUCUGAAGUACAUGAUCCCCAUUGCUCUUGUUUAUAUUGCAGAAUAUGUCAUUAACCAAGGCCUGGUCGAAUUAAUCUACUUUCCGGAUCAGAAGGAUUGGCUGAACCAUCAUGAACAGUAUCGAUGGUAUCAAGCAACAUACCAGCUUGGUGUUCUCUUAUCCAGGUCGUCAGUUAAUUUCUUCUACAUUCGCCAAGUUUGGAUUACCACUGUGUUGCAGUGGAUCAAUGUCCUUAUCUUCCUAACUUGCGCCGUCUUCUGGUGGAUCAGCAGCAUCUGGGUCGUUCUUGUGUUGAUUCUGUGGGAGGGACUCUUGGGAGGAGCAGCGUAUGUCAACACGUUUUAUAAGAUCACGCAAGAGGUCAGUGAUCACCAAAAGCCCUUUGCCUUAGCAAUUACAACACUCUCAGAUACUGUGGGUGUAACUAUCGCUGGAUUUAUUUCAAUUCCUCUUCACAAUGUGAUUUGUCAACUACCUUUGUAAAAGCUUGUGAUCAUUAGUAUUCUUAUUUACACUUGAUAUUACAUUCUAAUGAACCUGAGUGGUAUGAUAAAAUGUAAUCACUAUGUAAGUUGACAGAAUGAUGUCAUAUGAAAUAUAGAGUUUUGCUUCUUAAAUGCUUCAGUAACAUUGAUUUUAUAAUGUAUAAAAUAUUUAUGAUAACUACUUGACUAAGCUUAUUCUCUGAAGAUCUAGAUGAAAGGGAGCAUCAGAGUAAAAUAAGCAGGCAUAAGUGUCAGCUCAGAAAAGGUUUCUUUUCUUAUUCUCACUUUUCAUAUUCAGAUAAAACUAUAUACUUUUUUGUGAUACAAAACAAAGGAACAGAAGAAGUUUAAAUAUUUUUCUACCUAUAUAUUUUUGUUUUUAUAUAUUUAGACAAUAUCAGGUUUACAGAAAGAAUAUUUCUGAUUCCAGAUUCAUACAGAAUAUAGAUGUAAAGAAGACUUACAGACAUUGCGUACAAACUCAAUGCAAAUAAGUGUUUGAAUUUAGAAUGCACUUAAAGCAAACCGUCCGUCCAAAGAUUCUCACUUAAGAAAAAUACUGAAUAUAGGGAGAAUUUAGGAAGAUAUUUGAUACAAGUAAAAUAGUCCGUCCUUAAAUGUCCUUUGAGACCUGUCCUUUGAGGCAGAAAAUAGGUCAGACUGUAAGGAGGAUGGGUCAGUGGGGGCAUUGUAUAAAAAGUCAUUUAACAUUCCAGUUACUUUUCAGUGUUAUUAUGUAUUUUCCAGACAUAAUAUACCCAGAUCUAAAGGAUAAUACUUAAAGGUUAUUCUCAGGAAAAGAAAGAUGUACUUUACUCAUUUAGAGAAAAGUCUAGUCUAUUUGCUCUGGGAUAUUUUACUACUGCUGUAUAGAAGCAAGAAAAUGUAUUUUUCUGAUCUAUAUGAUACAUUAACCUUUCAUACUUUUUUAUAUACUGAAGAAAUAAGAUUCAUAUUCGUAUUUAUUAAUUUGAUUUUUUGUUUUCAUUCUUUCUUUAUCAGUUACACUGGUAUGAAUAUUCAGAAAAUUAUAUUAGAAUGUGUAUUUGAAUUAAGCAAAACAAUGAUGAUAAAAGGUGUAAACAUACAGAUCUGAUAUUUUAUAUGUUAUAUUUCAUAAUGUUUGAUUAUACAGGUUUAACCUCACAUAUCUAAUGGCCUCAGUCUUUUGGAAAAGUCAUAUGAAUCUGGCUGUUAUUAGCCUGCAUGCCUGCUGCUUGGCCAUCUGUGUCUCUGUAAACUUUUGAUAGAGGAUGAACACUGUCAUAAGAAGUCCAGUAAGCCUGAGCUAGGUUUAUGUCUGUGUAAGCUGUAUCGGUUUUGCAGUUCAGCAUUUGUAUUAUUUUGCCUAUUUUAGCCUAAACUAAUGAGAUUCAAUCACCAGUUCUGAAUACUAUGUGUCAAAGUUUCUUUGGGCAUAAGCUUUCAUAAGAGAAUAUAUAACCAAGCAAAAGAAAGCUUUUCUUGCUUAUUGCUAUAAUCUGCAACAUUUUGAAGUGCUUACUAAUUCAAAUUAUUUCUGAAGAAAGCAAUUACUAGCUUAGGCUUCACAUAACAUUUCAAAUAAUAAUGUAGACUGUCUUGUGAGGUAAGAAAUCAUUGCUUUUAAAUCAGUAAACCUGUUUUCAGAUAGGAAUUCGAGACUGAAAUUUAUUAGUUUCAUUACUGAGUUGCCAGUGCCUAGGACUGUGUUAUGAAUAUGAAAGGUACAAGGUGUUGGUGAGUGUGAGUACAGAGCUAUGAUGUGUGUAUCUUGGUAUUACCUUGUUAUCUUAUGGAUAAAAUCUGUGGAUCUCCCAAGUUUUUUAGUAGUUUGUCACUUUGAUAUUUAAGAUCUCCAGGUUAGUAUAUACAGGUGUGUUGUAAGCAGGACAAGGAGGAAGAUAUGUUAUGAAUAUUUAACUAUGCAAGCUGUAAUACAGAUAAUUGAAGUAUGAUGUAGAUUUUUUUUUUCUUCUUUAGUUUUUGUCAUUUGUGAUAUGAUAAAAAUUGCAGGUGUAAUGAUUUAAUUAUUUCCUACAUUUUACUGUCUUUUUCCAUCAGUCUUUAUGCAAUUCUCAGGUCAGAUUUGUGUUUCAAGGUAUAUGUAAUAGAUUAAGUUUGGUUGCAUUCAGGCUCUUUAUUAUUAUUAUUGUUAUUAUUAAUAAUAAUAAUAAUAAUAGUAAUAAUAAUAAUAAUAAUGAUUUUAUUAUUAUUAUUGUUUUAUU